AUGAACUCGCUAUAUAACCAUGCGAUCAAGCAGUCGCAGUCAUUGCACCGCGAGCUUCAAACGUUUGCAGAAUCUCCAGCUGACGCUCCUCUAUCUUUACUAGGUCAAAUCUCUGCUUCUUUAGCUUCUCAUUCACGAACUUUGGAUGAGUAUGCUACCUCUGCAUCUCAGGAAAUAGUUCCAGCAAAAAAGGAACAAGCCCAUGCGCGCCUUGAAAAAUUCAAAUCCGAUCUACACGACAUGCGUGCCGAGCUCGAGCGCCUGAAAAAAGUUCGUGCAGAAAGCGUCUACGAGGCCUCGCGUUCCGAGCUUAUUACGCGCCGCGUCCACGGCCAUGCACGGUCUCUCAGCCAAGAAAAUGGCAGUGAUCCAAGCUCGCUUUCCGAAAACCCCUACACGGGACCCAUCCAGCAACCCCAGUAUACAGACUACUCGCGUGCAGAGGGCUUGUCGCGCGAACAAGCCACUUUGGGCCGUGUCGGUGACCAACUCGACGAGUUUCUGGAGCGCGGCAAACUUGUGCUAGAAAACCUGGGCGAGCAGCGCGAAAUGCUCAAGGCUACACGCAGACGUAUUUACGGUGUUGCCAAUACGCUGGGCAUUUCAACAGAUACUAUUCGUAUGGUGGAGCGCAGAGCCACAGCCGACAAGCGCUUUUUCUACGGCGGCAUUGUGGUGCUGUUGGUAUGCUUUUACUACAUUUUGCGGUGGUUUGGUUGA